AUGGAUCGUAGUUGGAUGUAUGGUAGACGUGGCACAAAGGAUUUCAUGCAUGGGGUUUCGGAGUUCUGUAUGAGUGCUUUACAACAUCAAGCUAGUACGGGGGUCAAAGAGUUUUAUUGUCCUUGUGCCGAUUGUGAGAAUGUGAACACGGUCAAUAAUGUUUUGGUGAUUAGAGAUCAUGUAUUUAUGCAUGGGUUUAAACCUAAUUACCAUGUAUGGGUUUAUCAUGGUGAGAGUGGAGUGUACCUAGGUAAUUCUAGUAAGACUGUUGUGCAUGAACAAGAAGAAGCUAUCUACACGAAAGAGGAAGCCGAUUGUUUUGAGGAUGACGAUGACGUUGAAAAUAAUAUUGAUGACGAUAAUGAUCGUGUGGAGGACAUGUUGCACGAGGUCGAGGAUGAGGUUCGCGGUCGUGUUUUUGAGUGCUUGUCUAAGGCGGCUGAAACGCCACUGUAUCCUGGUUAUACAAAGUAUAGCAAGCUUUCUGCUGUUUGCACACUCUACAAUAUCAAGACAAGCGGAGGCUGGACUGACAUUAGUUUCACUGAGUUGUUGGUGGCGCUAAGGGAUAUGUUACCGGCUGGCAAUGAACUUCCCAGGUCGAACUAUUGUGCCAAGAAGCUCAUGUGUCCCUUUGGUUUAGGGUACAAGAAGAUACAUGCUUUUCCAAAUGAUUGUCUGUUAUAUCAUAAGCAGUAUGAGAAUUUGGAUAAGUGUCCACGGUGCGGAGUGUCGCGUUACAAACGCAAAGGUGUAAGCGAGGAUGCAAGGAAUUCCAGGUGGCAUGCAGAUCCCGAUCGAAGGAAGAAAGAUGGUUUGCUUAGACAUCCUGCUGAUUCUCUCCAGUGGAAGACUAUUGACAAGCUUUAUGACACUUUUGGUAAGGAACCUCGGAAUUUGAGGCUUGGGUUAUGUACGGAUGGGAUAAAUCCAUUUGGCACUCUUAGCCCCCAACAUAGUACAUGGCCAGUACUUUUAGUCAUAUAUAAUUUAUCUCCUUGGUUGUGUAUGAAACGCAAGUAUAUCAUGUUUUCGCUUCUUAUAUCGGGGCCUAAACAACCGGGAAACAACAUAGAUGUCUACCUUGAACCUCUCGUUGAUGAUUUGAGAAAGAUGUGA